AUGGAAGGCAGCUUCGAUGAUGAUGAACCUUUUAUAUUCAGGCUGAAUGACAGCGGUACAGGGCCUGGCCUGCUGGUGAAGGUAUGCGCUGAACGGGGCUGGCGUAUGUACCCUGGCUACCACAGCGGCUUAGAAGAACGAUGGAACCUUUGGUGGAAGACCAGCGCCUUUCCGGCGGCAAGCUACAAGACUUUAGGAGACUGGCAGGUUUGGUCAUAUUCUUAUUUCUCUCUUUCAUCGGGAAAAAAUUCCAAAAUGGGUGCCUACUUUCUAAAGGACAAGCCGGCAAAUGAGCUGAAUGAACACUUGAAGUUCAUGAACCAUAUACCGAAAGGUGGAUCGAUAUGCAGAAAAGAUAAUCUUUCUCGUCUGUUACGUUGCAUGAAGAGGAUUUACGGAGCAGUGUACGAUUUCAGUCCUCCAUGCUACCACUUACCCUUGGAGUAUGCGAAGCUGGUGUCAGAAUGCUCUCGGCUGCGACGGGACGAGAAUGGAGCUGGAGCCAACGUCGUGUGGAUACACAAACCUGUCGCCCAGAGUCAGGGCAGAGGAAUAUUUUUGUUUAGGAGCCUGUGUGAGAUGAACUGCGGGACAUCGGCGGUGGUGCAGCGCUACAUCGAGCGACCUCUACUGAUAGCUGGUUACAAGUUCGACCUCCGGCUGUACGUGUGUGUGCCUGGCUACAGACCGCUCACCGCCUACAUGUACGCUGAGGGACUCGCGAGAUUCGGCACGGACAAGUACACGCUAUCGGAUAUCCACAACCCGUACCGCCACCUGACGAACUCGUCCCUCAACAAGAGCGGCCCGCGAUACGCUGAAUGUAAGGACCGAAUCGGUAGCGGGUGCAAAUGGACGUUGACGCAGGUCCGAAAAGCCCUUAUCGGGCGCUGGGGUGCGGCGGAGUGGGUGGUGUGGCAGCGGAUCAGGGCGCUGGUGACGCUCACCUUGCUGGCUCAAGCAACUGGUACACCACCAGCUAGGAACUGCUUCGAGUUCUACGGGUUUGAUGUCCUACUCGAUGAUUGCUUGAAGCCUUGGUUGUUGGAGGUGAACCUUUCUCCUGCAUUAGCCUCCGACUGCGAGGCAGACGUGGUGGUGAAGCAACCGAUGCUGCACGAGCUGUUUGACCUGCUGGGACUUCCCAUGAAGCAUACAGGACUCGCCAAGCUGAAGGCGCCACCUCCUCCAACACCACUUACGAACAGUUGCAGUUCGGAGGAGGAGAAUAAUGGAGGGAGUCGCGCGCGCACCCGUUCGGCGGGGCGGCGAACUGCACGACCGCGCCGUCGCCGCGCCCUGCCGCUGCACUGCGUCACGCUGGCCGGCCCCGGCGCCACAACCAAUACCCCACCACCUACACCACCUAACGGAGUACCUGAGAAAGAGAAAAUCCAGGUCGGCAAACGAGCAGACGGAUUACCUGAUGGUAAACAAUCAGCGCCGCCCAUGGACACUCGCAACAGAGGAGUUACGAGUCCGUUGCCGACCUUUUGGGGAUUAGGGAUUUGGAGACUUAGGGAUUGGGGAGGGGACGGAUUGGGCCUCCGAAAUAUUAAUCGCAAAAUACAGGAAUCAGCGGAAAAACCCAAAGAAGUACACGGCGUGCGCUUCAAAACGGAUACGAGCAGUGAAGCUGAUGUGCAGUCUUCAUCAAGUGGGCCUACGCCCCAAACGGAGAGUGUGGACGAGUCGUGGCGUGGCGGAUACUCCACGGCUGCUUCACGCCGACGUGUCAUGACCGCCUGCAAGUGGGGGAACGGCGUCUGCUGGAACCGAGCCAUCGGCAGAGUGGGACAUUGGAUCAGAAUAUAUCCACAUUCCUUACCUAAUAAUGAUGAGUUGCCAGUGGAGGAUGUGAGAGAAAGUGUGGCUCAAGUGUCAAAGUUUGUGCGGGCGGCGCGCGAAGUCAGUCGGGAAUAUGGCAAGGAUACUUCGGGACCCCGUGACGCGUCCAGAGAUGCGGUUUUCGAAGAAGCACUCCGAAAAAAGCUAGACUUCGGGCCCCACUUCCAAGGAAGUCGUAAUAGUUGGGACGAUGUAUUCGAUAGUGCAAUGAUCGAAAUUCCACAAAUGAACUUGGUUGUGAAAGCCUUUACUAUAAACUUGAACAUGUCGAGAAUCGAUAAAAUUAACAAUUUAUUGAAUGAUCCCAUAUUCGCAACGAACACGAAGAAAGACGAAGAGAUGCUGCUUGAGACGACGAGGACGUCACAUCGUCUCGUCAAAUUCAUGAAGAUCAGCAUAAUAAUGGCUGGAGUGAGCUGGGCAGGAUCUCUGUUCGCUAAGAGAUACCAAGACUCAGAGGCAGUGGUUUAUAUAUACUCGCCUUUUGAAACCGUUUCUUGGACUGGGUAUUCAUUCUCAGUAAUGAUGGAAGUGCUACCCUUACCGUGGACUGGGUUCGGACACUUAGGAAUCGACUGCCUCAUAGCAACGUAUUAUGCGCAGGCAGAAGUUCAAUUGAAGAUCAUCAAGUACAACUUAGAGCAUUUGUUUGAUACUGACGGUGCAUCAGACGGGGUAUACCAUGGACGACAUAUUUUUUAUAGGGAUGAGCUGAAUGGAGAUCUUAGGGACCGAUUUGUACAUUACGUUCAGAGAUACGAAGCUGUGACCUGGUAUACAAAAGAAGUAAGUGGAAUAUUUAAUCACGCGUUGGCAUUUGAAUUCUUUGGCUCCGCUGCUGUGCUUUGUAUGGUCACUUUCAAGAUGAGUUACACACCACCGUUCUCAAUGGCGUUUGCGUUCCUCGCGGUGAUGCUCGGAGUAUUACUAAUGCAAGUGUUCCUUUAUUGCUAUUUUGGCAAUUUGGUGCAAUACGAAAGUGAUUCGAUAAUGACAUCAGUGUACCUCAGUGAUUGGCUGUCAGCGUCUCCACGAUUCCGGCGCCACCUCCUCAUCGCCAUGCUGCGCUGGUCGAAGAGUAUCACUCCUCGAGUGUCUGGAAUCAUUCCGUUAUCCCUCACCACUUAUGUUUCGGGAUUCCGCAACAAUGUGGAUGUAUUCGAUGGUGCAACGAUUGAAAUCCUACAACUGACCUUGGCUGUAAAAAUUAUUACAUUAAACGUGUUUAUGUCGAGGAUUGAGAAACUCAAUAAAAUAAUGUAUGAACCCAUAUUCGCACCCUAUACGAAGAAAGAUGAAGAGAUGCUUCAAGAAGCAACAAGAAAUACGUAUCGUAUCAUCAAGUACAUGAAGCUUGCCGUAGGAUUGGCAGGAGUGUUCUGGCCGGGAUCUCUGUUCGCCAAAAGAUACCAGGAUCCAAACGCACAAGUUUAUAUUUACACUCCUUUUGAAACCAGGUCUUGGACUGGCUACUCAUUCUCAGUAUUGAUGGAGGUGUCACCUAUAGGAUGGAUUGGAUACGGGCACUUGGCAAUCGACUGCCUCAUAGCAACGUAUUAUGCGCAGGCGGAAGUUCAAUUGAAGAUCAUCAAGUACAAUUUAGAACACUUGUUCGAUAGCUCCGGUGCAACGGAAAGGGUACAAGAUGAAGGACGUAUUAUGUAUGGGGAUGAACUCGAUAAAGACCUUAGGCACCGGUUCGUGCAUUACAUUCAGAGAUACGAAACUGUGGCCUGGUUUACAAAGGAAGUAAGUGACAUUUUUAACCUCGCGAUAGCAUUUGAAUUGUUUAGCUCCUCGGCUUUGCUCUGUUUGGUCACAUUCGUGAUGAGUUACAGUCCAAUAAUGUCGGUAGCGUUCGUAUUCUUCUCAGUGGUGCUCGUUGUGUUGCUGAUGCGGGUGUUCCUUUACUGCUAUUUCGGCAACAUGGUGCAAUUUCAAAGUGAAUCUGUAGCGACUGCAGUGUACCUAAGUGGCUGGUUGUCAGCGUCUCCACGACUCCGUCGCGACCUCCUCAUCGCCAUGCUGCGCUGGUCCAAGGAUAUCACUCCGGUAGUGGCCGGGAUUGUUCCACUAUCUCUCACAACCUACGUUUCGGUGCUCAGGUCGGCCUACAGUUUAUUCGCGGUUCUCAGUACGAGAAACUAA